AUGUCGCAGUUGAUCACUUGUCGUAGGAGUGUGACCAAUGCGCCACCCGCAUUAUCAGCAUUUACUGCUCCAUCCGUGAGUGUUCCAUUGAUGGGGGAGCCUACACCCCUUACUGAGGCUACUGCUACGGCAUCCCAGGUGCCUGUAUCAUCGACGUCAUCAGUGUCGGUUCAGUCGCUCAGUGCACGGCGGCUUCACCGGCACCGUCGUGAUUUGGAGCCUUCUGUUCACACUUCCUCAUCAUCCAGAUGGGAGACUUGGGCAGAAAUUCCUCAGGAGACGAAGAUACUGGCGCGAGACAAGUUGUCGGUCAAUUUUGAUUUUAAGGAUAUAUCCCCUGAGGUCAUCACCUACUUAGACGAGACCUUUGCAAAUCGGUACAAAAAUUGGAAGAGCGAUCUUCAUGCGCAUUUUAAGAAAUUUAAUGAUCCAAAGGUUGCUCGCCUAGAGGGUUGCCCAUCCGAGUUGGAGGACCGGCCAGAGGAUUGGGAAUGGCUCUGCAACCAUUUUACGGACCCAAAAUUUGUGAAGAAAUGUGUUGCUGGCAAGAUAGCUCGGGACUCUAAGACACUUCUCCACCAUUCCGGUUCGAAGCCCUUUUCGUAUAGGCUUGAGACACGACGUCAGGAGGGUUCUAAGUUCCCUGAGAUCGACGUGUUCAAGGACGUUUACGUUCGACCUGGCAAUGAGAUCGCUGAGCAGCUUCAUGCUACUAUGGUGGAAAAGGGCGAUGCUGUUCUCCAAGAAGUAACAUCGCAACUUCUCCCCGAAACCCCAAUGGAGGACGUCACUUUACCCGAGGAUGUAGGUUUUCAGAUCAUGACUGAGGUCCUGGAUCAAAAGUACGGUCGUCGUCAUGGCAAGGUUGUUCGGGGUAUGGGGAAGGCGCGGGUUCGUGAGACGGGUGCCUCUUCUUCCAAAUUGACCACAGGAGAGGUCAACGCCCUGAAGGAGGAAGUGACAACCCUAAAAGGUCAGCUUGCAGCCCAGGACGAGCAGACAAAGGCCCAGAGCGAGCAGAUGAGGGCCCAGAGCGAGCAUAUAAAGGCUGAGAACGAGCAGAUGAGAGCUGAGAACGAGCAGAUGAGAGCCCAGAUGAGUAUGAUUGUACAGGCCUUAGCGGUGUCCGGUCUCCAAAUCCAGCUGCCAGCACCUGAUCUUACUCCACCUUCGACCUCCCAGCCACCUCACCUACCCGAUACCCAGUAGUUUUCAAACCUAGAAGACUACUUGUUGUAGUUUUUUCUUUUUUUGUUUAGACAUCUUGUAUGCACAUUUUCAUAUGGUUUAUAAUUAAAUUUUUUCUUGGUUUA